AUUGAAACGCAAACAUGGGACCUUCAGUAUCGGCUGAAGGCUCCAGGAGUUCAAUGUCAACUGAAACAAUGGUGUGAUUCCGCUCGGCGGACGGGGGACCAGCAGAAGUCCAGUGCGUGCCGUCGCAGCAGUGCCGCUUUCCUCCAAUAGAUUUAAAGUGUGCGCCCUGGCCGACAAUGGAGGAUCUGGGAGUGGGAGGAUCAGCAUCGACAGCGAUCCUUCUGGCUUUGUUACGUCCGGGAAGCCAUUUUGGAAAUCUGCUUGUUGUGCGCUAGCAUAACACUCACUAGCUACUUGCAAACUUUGGUGUCUUUUCCACCAGAAAAAUAACGUUCGGGAUCUGUGGGUCCGCACCGAUUAAACGACCAUUGGGUUUCUGCGCGUCGGGAUGCCGGCGGAAGUUUGCGCCGCUUCUGUGACAGCAAUGUGCGGAUUUUGUUCCUUUGGAUUAAGCUCUUAAAGAAUAACAACAUAAAUGGACUCUAACCACGCGGUCUAAACAAAGAAGAAUGACCAUGGAUUUUUCGCAACUGCACACAUAUACGCCGCCACAGUGUGCUCCAGAGAACACCGGCUAUACCUACUCUCUCAGCUCCAGCUACUCCACAGCAGCAUUAGAGUUUGAGAAGGAGCACCAGAUUGCUCCCGUGUACGAGUCGCCGAGAAUGUCACGGCGGAGCCUGCGUCUGCAGACCAGUGCCAGUCACUAUGGCAACGAGAGCCUGGCUGACUACUCCCAGAACCACAGCCACAGCAAUAGCAGCAGCUACACCAGCACGAGGAGAGAGACACGGACACUGCGCAGCAGAAAGCAGCAGUCCAGCUCACUCUCUUUAUCCCUGAGCCAAGCCGCCACACCGAGGAAAACCCUCUCCUUCUCAGCUGUUAGCACCCCGAUGAACAAUAGCAGCAGCUUUCAGGAAAGCAACACAGUGUCUGAUGCCUCCCUGCACAGCUCCAUCCUGGACCAGUCCCAACUGAGACAACGCACCAUCACCACAACCACCACCACCACCUCUAUGUCUGUGGAUGGACACUGGGGGAGGAGUUCCACCACUGACCACAGUUCAUCAAAUGUCAAUGGUGACACCGGUGUGUCAAAGUCCCACACCUCGCUCGCCAAUGGUUACAUCUGCAAAGACUGCUCUUUACACCCUCAGGAGAUGGACUCACUUAUCACACGGUCUUCAUCGUCAUCAUCAUCAUCUCAGGCUGCAGAAGCUUCCACUGAUGUCCUCUCCUCCUCAUCUUCACCUUUCACAAGUAUAUACUCCAGACACAGGAAUCGGAGGAACAAGACAGGUGUCCUGGUGUCUGUGUGUAACACGUGUAUGCGCUACAGCAAACGAACCCUGGCCCCCAUAGUGUCCUUAGUCAGCCUGCUCUUCAACAGUGUGCUGUGGCUGGGUUCAAGGGCCAAGGGCCCUCCAGGAAAAGGUGUUCUUGCUUCGUUGUCGGACACGAUGAGACAAGCAGUGUCCUCCAGUUUGUCCCAACUGUGGCUGUUUAAGCAGAGCACUCUCCACAGGAUGAUGGGCUACAGGGCUAAUGGCUAUGAAGGACAAGCUCACUCAAGUUUCUGUGGAAGCAUGAAUGUGAAGGAUCUGGUGACUGAAGAUGCAUCACAUCUUAAUCUCAAUGGUUCCCUCUGUGAUGACUGUAAAGGGAAGCAGUAUUCUGAGACACACACCACCCUCCUCACACACUCUUCCAGGCCUCGACGCCUAGUGGGGGCACUGUGGAGCGUCCUAGCUUAUGCAGGUUACUGCCUCCUCCAGCCAGGCUACUGUGUGGUGAGAGCAGGCAAAGCUUUGGGAUCAGGGGUCGGGACAGUGGCACAGAAGCUGCUCUCACUCUUCUGGAUGCUCCUGGCAGCUCCAGUGAAGACAGGCAGGGGACUUCUGUGGUUUCUUGCAACAGGAUGGUACCAGCUGGUGUCUCUCAUGUGUCUCCUCAACGUCUUCGUUCUGACACGAUGCCUUCCCAAACUCUGGAAGCUCCUGCUGCUACUUUUGCCUCUUCUUCUCUUCCUCGCUUUAUGGUUGUGGGGUCCGUCCACUGCUGCCCUGUUUGCCUACCUCCCAGCCAUAAACCUGACUGAGUGGCGGCCUGCGUCUCCCUUUACCCUCCUGUCUAACUUGGUGCCAGCUUCUGCUCCAGUUCCUGCUUCUGUCCACGCACCAGAGACUCCCCUGGAGCAGAACCCCGCCACCCCAGUCUCACAGGCACCGCCGAUCCUUCCUGUAGGGGCGCUCUCCACUGUGGACCUGGAGCGUCUUGAACAUAUGGAGCGCCAGCUAGCCCUGCUGUGGGAGCGAGUCCAACAGGGUGACCAGAAGCAGGAGCAGCAUCACGGGGAUGUUCUGGGUCUCUACACUACCCUGAGGGAGCAGCUACACACUCAGACCAACAGGGAGAGCCUGGAACUGUGGGUGUCCUUCAUGCUGGAGCAGAGGCUCAGCAUCCUGCGAGGAGAGCUGGAGCAGGAGCACACACAGAGAGCACAGAGUGCAGAGCAGCAGAAACGGCAGCAAGAGAGUCAGGCAGCACGGCUGGCUGAAUUACAAUUGCUGCUCAACGCUCUGGCUGCCAAGACUGAGGAGGUGCAGCAGAAGCAGCAACAGUAUGAGCACGAGAAGGAGGAAAAAGAGAGAGAGGUUGUCAUUUCAGCAGCAGACACAGCUCCUGUCAGUGUGGGUGUGAAGCAGGAGGACCAUGAUGCUCUGCUAGCGGAGGUCAAGAGACUUGAGGUGGCGCUGGGUAAAAUCAGACAAGACCUGCAGGGUGUUGUGGGAUGCAAGGGCAAGUGUGAGCAGCUGGACACACUCCAGGAGACGAUAACAGCCCAGGUGUCCUCACAAGUGCGUAAGGAGUUGCAGGUUCUGUUCUUUGGCAGUGGUGGGUCAGGAGAGCAGCAGGGAGAGGUGCCAGAGUCUCUGAUCUACUGGCUGUCCCAGCGCUACAUGAGCACACCUGACCUGCAGGCCUCACUGGCCUCACUGGAGCUGAGCAUCCUGAGAAACGUGUCCCUGCAGCUGGAGCUUAACCGAGCCCGGACCCUGGGUGAGGCAGAGUCUCAAGCCAAAGCCAUCGUUAAGACCGUAACCGGGACUGUCCAGCAUGAUCCCUCUACUGAGGGACUGACAGAAGAGCAAGUGAAGCUGAUCGUCAAGAACGCUUUGAAGCUCUACUCCCAGGAUCGAACAGGCCUGGUGGACUACGCCCUGGAAUCUGGCGGUGGCAGCAUCCUCAGUACUCGCUGCUCUGAGACAUAUGAGACCAAGACAGCCCUCAUGAGUCUGUUUGGCCUGCCACUCUGGUACUUCUCCCAGUCUCCACGUGUUGUCAUCCAGCCUGACGUGUACCCAGGCAACUGCUGGGCGUUUAAAGGCUCUCAGGGUUAUCUGGUGAUCCGACUGUCCCUGAGGAUCCUGCCCACAUCCUUCUGCUUGGAGCACAUCCCCAAGGCCUUGUCCCCAACUGGAAAUAUCACCAGUGCCCCUCGCAACUUCACUGUUUUUGGUCUAGAUGAUGAGUACCAAGAAGAAGGGAAGCUGCUGGGACACUACACAUACCAGGAAGACGGAGAGUCACUGCAAACUUUCCCUGUUAUGGAGCAGAAUGACAAGGCCUUCCAGAUCAUCGAGGUGCGGGUGCUGUCUAACUGGGGUCACCCAGAGUACACCUGCCUUUACCGCUUCAGAGUCCAUGGAGAACCUCGGCCCCAGUGAACCAAGCACUACCAUACACGCUAAUAUACGACAUAUCACCCUAUCUGUACAUAGCUCUCCCCAACUUAAAAAACGGAGGGGACUUGGUGGUACUUUUGUGGACGUUUUUGUAUGAAAGCCAUGAAGACACAGAAGUUGUGGAUUGUUAAAAGAAUGUGCCCAGACUGAAUCAUGAACAUGUUUUGUAAUAUUGAAAGAAUCACAGGAAAGUCUGUAUAUGGACUGUCAGAUGUCGCAGAAGAGGAAGAGAACCACGGAAGAAGCUAAAAGUCCCAGUCCCCUUUUUAUAAAAGGCCUCUUGCACUGAAUUAGCCCGUGAGGGCGCCAGGCUCCACUGAGCGGACAAAUCCAUCCCCCUCUUGGCACCUUCCACUUCUACAGGAAGGUGGACGCUUGAAAUGGGGGAUUACAGACUCAUCUCCACCAUUUCCUCACACACUGCAUCUCAGUCUGAUUUAGGUUUUGUUGUAAAUCAUCUGUAUUUAACUUUAUUUUCCUGGUAGCGUCUACAGUACUAUUUUCAGGAUCGAAGCCACUGCACCUUUGUCUGUGACGCUGUCCAGGCAUGUUACUCCCUUUGUUGCUGUCAGGUCUCUGCAGUGACUUUAGCUGAGCUGUGUGGACGGCCUGCUGGACUGAAGAACAUUCACAGUGGGUUUGUACUGGACAUGUAAGGUUCACAACAUUCAAAGCUUGGCAUCAUGCAUCCACAUAGCCAUAAAUAAGAUUGGAUCUGAACAUGCUGCCUAUGGACAAGCUCUGAGUGUUUUUCUCAUGUGGAGCAAGUCAUGCUUUAACUACACAGCAACACUACAUAACCGCUUACCUGUGUUCUGUGUGUUGGGCAGACUAGGAGGCUCUUCCCUAUGUACAUUAGACAAAAUAUGUGCAUGGUUAUGGAUGGACUCUAGGAUUAAUGCUAGCAUAUAACUCUUUCAGAACCAUACUGUUUAAUCUUUACAUGCAUCAUGGAUUAAGAGGAGUGUGUGUCCUCUGAAAGUUUGAGUCCUGUGCCUGGACCUCAAAUUACAAAUCAAUGUUGAAAGCUAAAAAUAUUAACUCCUCCUGCAGACGAGUGUGAUUUUUCUUUUCCCUUUCUAUCAAGAGGAGUCUCUCUGUGUCCCUCUAGCUCAGUUAUAAACGUCCUCCUCACAUGGGCUCUCUAUUCUGAAACCCUGAAGGAAUGUAAUCUGUAUAUUUCAUUGUUGAUAGCUGGUCCUUUUUAUAAUAGCUGCUUUUAUCAGUGUUGCUUUCCUAAAAUCAUCCUGUUAAUAUCAUUAUUGUUGUUUUACUACUAUUAUUUCUACUGUUAUUCAUUGUGUUGUUUUGCGUGUUUUGGUUUUUUUUUUUUUUUUUUUUGUGGGGGGGAUGAUGUCGCAAGAUGCACUGCAACAACUUGUUACAGAAAUGUUUAACACAGGUCUUCACAAUUUGCUUAAAAAAUGGGGGAGUGUGUAGUCACCAAUUGUGGUUGCAAGUAUGGGGAAGUUUGAAAUGUUAUGUAUAAAAAAAUGUUUUCUUCACAAUCUUAUUUAUUAACAAGUCAAUUAGUUCCUACAAGAUAUGAGUUAUUGCAAUGUAUAUUUUGUGAAAAGCUGUUUAGUGCAUUUUUGGAACCAUCUUGGGACUUUUUUUUUUUUUUUUUUUUAAGAUAAAUGGCUAUUUUUGUUCAGUCGUGAGAUGACUUAACUGCUUUGGAAUAUAUUCCAAUAAAGACUUUAAUUUUGAAGAACCUCCCCUAAAUUAUAUAAUCAUGGCCAAAGAAUAAUAUUAGUUCCAUUUUCAUCAGAAACUUUUUUUUUUU